UAACCGCUAGCAAUUUUAAAAUUUCAGCUAAUCUAGUGAGCACUUCAGCUGCAACACAGAGUCCAGACCAAAUGGCUGCAACACUUCAUCUCUCUACUCUAAUUCCUGCUACCCCAACCUCCGUAGCUCUACCCAACCAAAAUGAACUAAAAAUUUUGACCAAGCACCGCUCUUCUCCAACUGGGUCUUUCAAAAAAUGCAAAACGAUGACAGAACUCAAACAACUACACUCUCAAAUCACUAAAAACGGCCUAAAUCACCACCCUUUAUCUCUAACCAACCUUAUAUCCUCUUGCACUGAAAUGGGCACUUUUGAAAGUUUAGAAUACGCGCAAAAGGCAUUAGAGCUCUUCAUAGAAGAUAAUGGAAUAAUGGGUACUCAUUAUAUGUUUAGUUCUUUGAUUAGAGGUUUCUCUGCAUGUGGACUUGGUUAUAAAGCCAUUGUAGUCUUUCGUCAACUGAUGUGCAUGGGUGCUGUCCCUGAUAAUUUCACAUUUCCCUUCGUGCUAAGCGCGUGCACGAAGAGUGCUGCGCUUACUGAGGGGUUUCAAGUCCAUGGAGCAAUCGUUAAAAUGGGUUUUGAGAGAGAUAUGUUUGUAGAGAAUUCUUUGAUACAUUUCUAUGGCGAGUGUGGAGAGAUUGAUUGUAUGAGAAGGGUGUUUGAUAAAAUGUCUGAGAGAAAUGUUGUGUCAUGGACUAGCUUGAUUGGUGGCUAUGCUAAGAGGGGCUGUUAUAAAGAGGCUGUUUCUUUGUUUUUUGAGAUGGUAGAGGUGGGUAUUAGACCCAAUUCAGUUACGAUGGUAGGAGUGAUUUCAGCUUGUGCAAAGUUGCAGGAUCUCCAGUUGGGAGAGCAGGUGUGUACUUGUAUUGGUGAGUUAGAGUUGGAGGUUAAUGCACUGAUGGUUAAUGCACUUGUUGACAUGUACAUGAAAUGUGGAGCUAUAGAUAAGGCAAGAAAGAUUUUUGACGAGUGUGUUGAUAAAAAUUUGGUCUUGUACAACACAAUCAUGUCAAAUUAUGUGCGCCAAGGGCUGGCAAGAGAAGUUCUUGCUGUAUUGGGUGAAAUGUUGAAACACGGUCCACGACCUGAUAGGAUUACAAUGUUGUCUGCAGUCUCAGCAUGUUCAGAGUUGGAUGAUGUUUCUUGUGGAAAAUGGUGCCAUGGUUAUGUUUUGAGGAAUGGAUUAGAAGGUUGGGACAAUGUUUGCAAUGCCAUCAUUAACAUGUACAUGAAGUGUGGCAAACAAGAAAUGGCUUGUAGAGUCUUUGAUCGCAUGUUGAACAAGACUCGGGUGUCAUGGAACUCACUGAUUGCAGGUUUUGUUAGAAAUGGUGACAUGGAGUCCGCUUGGAAAAUUUUCAGUGCGAUGCCAGACAGUGAUCUUGUCUCUUGGAACACAAUGAUCGGGGCUUUGGUACAAGAGAGCAUGUUCAAGGAAGCGAUAGAACUUUUUCGGGUAAUGCAGAGCGAGGGAAUAACGGCAGACAAGGUGACAAUGGUGGGUGUUGCAUCGGCCUGUGGGUAUCUAGGAGCUCUGGACCUUGCAAAGUGGAUCCAUGGUUAUAUUAAGAAGAAAGAUAUUCACUUUGAUAUGCACCUUGGCACAGCCUUGGUUGAUAUGUUUGCUAGAUGUGGUGACCCUCAGAGUGCAAUGCAAGUUUUCAACAAGAUGGUGAAAAGAGAUGUUUCAGCCUGGACUGCUGCCAUUGGUGCAAUGGCCAUGGAGGGAAAUGGAACUGGGGCUAUUGAGCUUUUUGAUGAGAUGCUGCAGCAAGGGAUCAAACCAGAUGGAGUGGUUUUUGUGGCACUCCUGACUGCAUUGAGCCAUGGUGGGUUGGUAGAACAGGGUUGGCAUAUUUUCAGGUCCAUGAAGGAUAUCUAUGGCAUAGCUCCCCAAGCUGUCCAUUAUGGGUGCAUGGUUGAUUUGCUUGGCCGAGCUGGGUUACUGAGCGAAGCUCUUAGUCUCAUAAAUAGUAUGCAAAUGGAGCCUAAUGAUGUGAUCUGGGGAUCGCUUUUAGCUGCUUGCCGGGUGCACAAAAAUGUAGACAUCGCAGCUUAUGCAGCUGAAAGGAUAAGCGAAUUGGAUCCUGAGAGGACUGGGAUUCAUGUGCUUCUGUCAAACAUAUAUGCCUCUGCAGGAAGAUGGGAUGAUGUUGCAAAGGUUAGGCUACACCUAAAGGAGAAAGGAGCCCAUAAAAUGCCUGGAUCAAGCUCAAUCGAGAUCAAUGGCAAAAUUUUUGAGUUCACGACUGGUGAUGAAUCACACCCAGAAAUGACCCACAUUGAACCUAUGUUGAAAGAGAUUUGCUGUAGGCUAAGAGACAUUGGCUAUGUUCCUGAUCUUACGAAUGUUCUGCUUGAUGUUAAUGAGAAGGAAAAGGAGUACCUGCUCAGUCGACACAGUGAAAAAUUGGCAAUAGCUUUUGCACUUAUCAGUACAGGUCAAGGAAUGCCAAUUCGUGUUGCAAAGAAUCUCCGAAUAUGCUCUGAUUGCCACUCAUUUGCCAAACUAGUAUCAAAAUCAUACAGCCGAGAAAUCAUUGUUCGGGAUAACAACCGUUUCCACUUUUUCCAGCAAGGUUUCUGUUCUUGUGGUGAUUAUUGGUGAUUGAAAUGUAAAUGUUAUACCCAGUGGCUACAUGUUAGAGAUGCCGGUGAGCAACAAAAACCCAAGUUCUUUGUUUAUUACAGAUUAAACUAGAAUUUCCAGUUUGGAAACAGCAUGUCCCAGCAAUUUCCAACCUUCAAUCCGCAAGAACAUUAUUUGGAAUCAUGAACAAGGGUUGAGAAAAAAUGCUGAACAUGGCUAUUAAUGCAAGAGACAAUUGUACAGAAGAAAAGAGAUAAUUAAUGAAUACCAUAAGAUAAGUUUCUGUUCCAUUGUAGAUGCUGGUUAUACAGUUCUAAGCUCUUACCCAAGACAUAAAGGAACGUCCCACAGAAUCAGCCCAAACCCGAGACGUGCUUCAUAACUGUCGAAAAAUGGAGUCUACAAAAGCAUGGUGCAUUGGGUCAGAUUCCCAGAGUUUAGGUUGAUGCGCGCCUGUGAACUUCCUCAACAAGCCAGAUGGUGGCUUCAGCUUUACAAGGAUGAUUCAUGAUAUCCAAAGGCUUGUGCUUGUCUCCAUUGCCAAUUCGCUGUUGAUCCCACUGUUGAUCAAUUGUAACAUCAUUGGGUAACCGUUGGCUCAACAUUAAUCUCUAUAUCAGCAUCUGAGAAAGAAGAUUCAUCCGAUGAUAUAACAUCAACUGGGUCAGCCUACGGUAUUGUCCUCUUCAUGUCUACACACAAUGAAACCCUGCAAAGAGCCAGCUCACAAUGUAAACAAGAGUCCUCAAACACACCGAAAAUUGAACCCCAUUUGACACAACACAAACAAGUUGAGGUGCAUUACCCUUUUCCCCUUUCUGGAGGGAUGAAGAUGGAUAUGUAAUUUGCUGGAGGGAUGAAGAUGGAUAUGUAAUUUGCUGGAGAGCUUUAAAUUUCUUAUUUUUCUAA